CUCGUCCCAAAGAUGCAAGUGCUCAGUAGUACUAUGUAGACAUAUUAUUUCCCGUAGGACUAGUAACUUUCGCCUCCCCAUAAGCAACAUCAUCAGCACUGUAGUUACUGUUUGCAACUGCCUGCACCAACUUGACACAGCAGGGACGUGAUGGCGCCGUUGAGGAGAAGCAACUCUCCUAUCUGUUCUGUGAGCUCUGCCUCUGCCGCUGCCCUGGUGGAUAUUGCCAAACAUGAUGAAGAAGAGACCACUACAACAACAAAUCUUGCGGUUUUCGAUCCGACAAGACUAAGACAUCAAGCCGACGCAGAAUCACGACAAUGUCCGCCGCCGACCGCCUUCCCGCUUUCCUACGCAACAGCAGUGAGACUCGGCAGAGUCGCAUUGAAAAAUCAGGACCGCGAGGGUCGUUCCAAGCAUAUCGCUAUCGGGCAAGCGGAACACGACAUAUAUCAACCGUCGUCGAGGCCCGCUCCUUCUCUUACCCGACUCAUUGCCUACUACCUGGUCCACAGCUGGCGGUGUUUCGGGUACGUUCCCGCGUUUCUCUACGCGGCGAAGACCCAGCCAUUCAAAGUCUUGCUGACCACCGCGAUUCUCCAGGCGGUUCGGGCCAACAACCCCCGCGUCUCCUUCCUAGUGCACCUGUUUUGCUCCUACGGGUCGAGCAGAGAACCCAGAUUUGUGAACGCGGCACGGAAGAUAUCCUGUGCAAAAGUAUCGCACUCGUAGUAAUCGCAGUCAUGCAUUACAAAUCUCCAUCCCAAGGCAAAACAGCGUCACAAAUUCCAAUUGUCAUGCUGAGCUAAUUUGUAUUGCAAUUACUACUAGUGCGAUACUUUUGCAGUUCAUAGAAGAAACUCUAUGACAAAAACAGCGCGAAGCCGAGCCAGUACCUCGCGACCCUCCACCCCCACGGAAUUCUGUGCUAUCCAGGAAAAAAAGUACUUAUGUAAGUGUAACUUUCUUUGAGAAACAGCAUCACAAAUUUGCUCUACAUGACAGAGAAAACCUGUCAUGCGUGGCGUGUAAGGGAAAACACACACGAAAAGAGGACUUCGUGGCUGUCUGGCAUGACAGGCGUAACUCUGUUGCAUGUUCUGCAACACAAAGUUACACUUACACAGUUUUUUUCUUGCAUAUGUGCUGCGGGUGGUUCAAUUUGAUAUCCCGGCUUGCCCUGGAUUGGUCGGCCACCGACCGGCUAGAGAUCAUGGACGGCCUGCCCGUGUUUCUCUGCUUCGCGCCGAUGAUCCAGCACUUGCCCCUCCACGGGGACAUGUACAUGCAGAACUGCGGGGACGCGAGCGGCAAGACGGUGCGGCGAGUUCUGCAGACCACGAGGAAGACGCCGGCCAUCGCGCCGGGCGGCUUCAGCGAGUCGGCGUACUGUGGGUGGGACAUGGAAAAGUACGAGGUCGCGUAUCUGCUGCAGCGAACCGGGUUCGUCAAGAUCGCGCUGGAGCAGAAGGUCGAUUUAUUGCCGGUGUACACCUUUGGCAACGACAACAUGUACCUGACGUGGGAUUUGUUCGGCACCCGGCAGCUGCGGGCGGAGUGGUCGCAGAAGAUCGGACUGCCGCUCCUGUGGUGGAACGGAGCCGACCCCUUCGGGUGCACGAAUUUACCGAAGACGGAGGACUUGGUGACGGUCGUGUUUGACCCGUUUGUGACGGAAAAGUAUUGGAAGAGGCUGGAAGAGGUGUUUAUUCGGGGAGACACUACCGCUACGAAGGCAACGAAAGGAGAAAUAAAGGGAGUGCAGCCCGGCAUGGGCGCGACGACCCAAAGCAAAAGCAAGAAGAGUAAAACGAAAACCGGUACAGUUACCAAAACAGCCUACGAAAAAGCGUUGCAGGCUGCUGUAGAAGAGUGCCACCGUGACUAUUUGCAGUACCUGUGGCGGUGCUUCGAAGAGUACAAGCACGUGACACCAGCGUCGGCAAAAAAAGCUCUGGUCUUCGCCGGCCGGGGACAAAAACCGAUCGUGCCGGAUGUGGACUGGUUGAGAAAAGAGCAGCAAGCGCACAGAAACGUCAGUGAAGAGCAACACCGUCGUCAUUUGGAAGAACGGCGAAGGGAAGCUACUACACGCACUGGAAGUCGUUCGGGUAAGAAAACGCGGCCGACGUCUCCGUCACGGUCUCCGAACAAAAGACCCCGUCCGCCGACUUCGUCGCCGCAAGAUGAGAGUAACAGCGUCGCCGCGAUUUCAGUGCUAGGCGCAGCAGGACCAGUGGGCAGCACCAGCAGCCGCGAUCAAGCAUUUCCAAUCGCGGUUCGUAUCUCCUCGACCAGCACAUGUUCGAGCGACCGCGCGGAAGAAUUUUUCACCCACCCGCAUUCUAUUGUGCGUUCUUUGAGCAAAUAUUAAACCGAAACACACCAUCCUGCCAUUCGCGUCUGCGUUUGAGUUGGUGAGGAUUCAUUCAUGUUUCGUCUUCUAUUUCACACUAUCACUAGUUGUGAAGAUCGAAAAUCCACAAGUUCGGUGAUGUCUGACCUGUGACUAUGAGAAUGAAAUCGAAGAUAGUAAAACAGAGGCAUUGUACAAUUGAGAUUCUUUUGCUUUUGGUUUUACUUCUACUUCAUUUGUAUCAGUUUCCAUCGUGUAACCAAAAAAAAACUUUUUUCUUAUGUAACCAAAAUAAAAAGACCUGGAAGAAGAGACGCUUCCUUGCGAAUACAAUCAU